AUGGAGUCAAAACAGGAGGACCAUGAGCCUUUCUUAGGCUUUCGGGACGACCCUAACAAGCGAACUUCCACCGAAGACGAGAUGGAGAAUGACAGCUCCCGCCGCCAACAACAAGCUCUAAGAACAUCACACCAUGGCAGGCUUCUCCGAGACGUCCUCGUAUUCCUCGCGACAUCUGUUCUAUGGGUCGCAGCAUUCUACCUUCUAGUGCCCAGUCCUAUGGCCCAGAACACGGGCGGCAAGGUCACCGAUGGAGAAGAUGGGGGAAUCCGAACUCCAACAUCGAGUGACUACAUCGCGGCUUUCCAUAAUGUCACUUCCAACGCCGAAUAUAUCUCUUGCGGAAAUUCCACAGCCGAGGCGAAGAAGAUGGGUUGCAAGUACGAUACCCUGCUGAAUUAUUGGGUUCCAGCACAAUGCUACGACAGAGAGUUCGAAACGGAAUACAAAGAUGACGAUAGCUGGAAUGCCUUCGCGGAGUAUGUCAAUGAAUGCUUACUCAAGUCAAUGUGA